AGUAGUGUUCUGUGGAUCUGACGUUACAUUUGCGCUCGAGAUGAUCCGACACAUACUGUUUUUGGCUAUUCUAUUGCCCAUUAUAUCUUCUGAUGCAGUUUUACCGAAACCUCGAAAGGUUUUGACAUGGAACGAAACAUGGGUCGACCGUUUAAGGCGAAACCUGCUUCUUAAGUAUGACAAAUUUGCGAGGCCCACGCAGCAUUACAAUACGACAACUUUAUUCGUGUAUUUGAAUAUCAUGCAUGUGGAGCUCGAUAACAAAAAAAAUACAAUGAGCGUCAAUACCUGGGUCCGCAUGAGCUGGAACGACGAAAAGUUAAAGUGGGAUCCGAAGGAUUAUGGCGGUGUCAAAGAAGUUUCAGUUAGUAUACACGAAAUUUGGCAACCGGAUCUUUAUCUUUACAAUAGCGCUGUUUACGGAGUAGAAAAUUACGAAAGCAGGCAUUGCAUAGUGCGACAAGAUGGCGAGGUAACAUGGGUAGCGCCAACAGUUUUUCACAGUUACUGCGAAUUCAAUUAUGUUCUAUGGCCAUUUGAAACGAAUACCUGUGUAUUAAAUAUAGGCUCGUGGACUCAUAAUGGCUAUGAAAUCGAUAUUAGGCUGCAGGAGGCGGGUUUUGACCUGCACUAUUAUUCGGCAGGUGAAUGGAAAGUCAAGAAUGUGACAGCUCAUCGACGCGUAAAAGUAUACUCGUGCUGUGCUGAGCCAUACAUAGUGUUGGAUUACGAGAUCAAGAUGACAAGAAGCUCGGAAUUGUAUUAUCAUGUCAUUUUCGUGGCAUCUAUACCAAUCAUAUCCCUGAUUUUAGUGACUUUCUGGCUAAGGCCCCAGAGCGAAAUGAAGUUGCUCCUCAACAUUUGCGCUGUAACCAUUGACAUUCUCUUCCUUCUUUACUUUGGUUACAAGGUCCCAGCGAGAAUAAACAAUUUGCCUCUGAUCGUGAGAUUCUUCAGCGGAUGCCUUUGCCAAAUGUCGGUAUCCAUUAUAGUAUCCGCAUUCGUCAUACACGUUUCUUCAAGUUCCUUCGACAUACCAAUUCCUCGUCGUAUAAGAAAUCAACUCUACGGAAAACUUGGAAGGUACUUAGGUCUUAGAAACGUAAUCAGAGAGAUUGAAUCUCAAAAAUUAGCAGAAUUUGAAGAAAUUCAUGAUAACCCGUCACCGAACUUAGGGACUUCCGAUCUAUCGAUAAGCGGAUUGGAUAACGGCGAUCAGCAAUGCAUAAUUUCUCAAUCACGGAACGUCAAGCGAUUGGAGUGGAUACUUCUGGCAACGGCUGUCGAUCGAUUUUUUUUUAUUCUAUUCUGCUCUAUUUUUUCCAUUCUCGCUAUCGCCUACGUACGCGUUGGCAGUGAUGCCUUUUCAAAAAGUUUUAACAUAAUGAACAUAUCGCCGUCCUCCGCAUCCGAAAACAUAACUGGCAUAGAUUUUUUUGAAGGAUCAGUGUAAAAUGUGGUUUUUAUUACUCACUGAGAUAUUUUUUUUUCAAGACGUGAUAAUAAUAACGGUGGGUCACAUAAGGGUUUGGGCAUGACUAUUCUAGGGGUAAUUCCAAACAAAAUAUAUUGUUGAACUGUAUAUGGAUCUAGUAGGAAUGCGAUGACGCUUUAUCAGUAUUAUUGCUUUAACUGUACUCUGACGAUACAGUGCAUCGGCUUUGAUGAUGCGAUACAAGAAAAAUUAUACUAUAAAUUGUAAACUAAGCCAACGCAAUGAAUCAUGAUAAAUAUUACCUCAGAGCUCAUCAACUAUAUCGUGUUACUGUCGAACGAUUAGCGAGAAAAAAUAUAUAGGUCUAUAUUUUUUGCAUAAACAAGUUGCGUGUUGUUGCACGGGCAAUUGUCACUCUUAUCACGUAAAUAAAAUCAGCAAUAAAAUAAGACGUUUAAGCAUUCGCCUAAAUGUUUUGAUAAGAUGCUCAAUUGUAGCUCAAUUCUGAGAGUAAAUAAAAAUUCAUUAUCAAUUUAAGUUAACGCAGUCAGGUGAUGGAGGAUGACUUUAUACAAUCAAUAUAAAUGGGUAUGGAAAAGAUUGUUAUCAAUUAGGUACCGAUACAAUUAAACGAAACCUUUCACUCAACUAAAAGCACUAUUUUUUAGCAAACGUAUUUGGCCUUCAAGGUUAAUCGUAGAUUAGAAGUAACCAAGGAUUCGAUAAAAAUAUGUAACAUCACAAAUGAAUCGAUGAAAUUAAAGAUCGGCAGUCAAUAAAAAAAAAUAAAUUUCCAUUAAUUCAG